AUGAACAGCAUCAGCUCCCGGUGCCUGCCCGGCUGCGAGGUGGCGUGUCCUGAGCCCUGCACCUACAGCUGCGGCCUCGGGCCCUGCGUGGCCUCGUGCGGCGACUCCACCGCCGUCGUCUACGCCCCGCCCGUCAUCGUCACCUUCCCCGGGCCCAUCCUGAGCUCCUGCCCCCAGGAGAGCAUCGUGGGCUCCUCCAUACCCCAGCCKUACAGCUCUGGGGGGAUGGGAAGCUCCUACGGCGGAAUCCCGARGGGWUCCUACGGGGGUUCCUAYGGAUCYGGGGGUUCCUACRGCUMYGGGGGCUCYUMCGGYUACGGGGGCUCCUACGGCUCYGGGGGCUCCUCAGGAAUGGGGGGCUCCUACGGGUCUGGGGGUUCCUGCAGCUCUGGGGGCAUGGUGGCCAAGGGGGGCUCCUAUGGAUCCGGGGGUUCCUCAGGGGGCUGCUGCAUCAGGAAGUUCUACACCAGCAGCAGCAGCCGCGGGUCCCGUUUGGGAAACUGA